AUGGCGGUAUUAUCCUUUCUAACGGUAACAGCUGGGCCAUACCUCGCAUGGCGGACAGUGACAUCCAGAGUCAUAUUCGAUCGAAUUUGGAAUUUUGUGCUCCUCUCUCUCCUUGUUCUGGCAACAAUUCUGCUCAAUUUCCGGACGACUGGCUAUACUUUCCACUUAUCGAUAUUGCUCCUCCUUGACUUCGGCGCAUUCCUCGUUCUUUCCCCCGCACAGGUUCUUCUCUUUUCCCGGAAGCCAGACGAUCGCAACUUAGAUUCGCUUGAGAUAAUCCAACCGGAACCAGAUAGAUUCAGCGAGCAGGGUAGGAAGACUAAGAUCCUCGUGGAUAUCGUUGCUGUUCACGGUCUGGCCUCGAACCCAAAAACGACAUGGAAACAGGGAGACAAUGACUGGCUACGCGAUUUCCUACCACGGGAGAGUAUCCCGGCUAGGAUCAUGGCGUUUAAUCAUAACACAGCUUGGGAGUCGGAUGCGCUGACAAAAACAUUGUAUGACCAUGGAUGUGACCUUUUGCGGGUGCUCGCUCGAGCUCGUCGUACGCGAGAGGAGCGGAAGAGACCAAUUAUCUUCAUCGGUCAUAGUUUUGGAGGACUUAUAAUAAAGCAGGCUUUGGUAUCUUCAAACCACGCCGGAGAAGGAAAGCCUGGCUACGGACUGUGCAAUCAUACCAAAGGAUUCAUAUUCCUGGGUGUUCCUCACAAAGGCUCCAGUUUUACGGUAGCCGGAGAGAUAGUAUCCCUUUUGGGACACUGGAAAGGAUCCACUGUUCGGCUUUUUGAAGUCAUGAAACUGGGAUCGGAGUUGAAUACUAGACUCCAUCGGGACUUUAUGAGCACUCUGGAAAGAGGCUGUGGGCUCCAGAAUACAGUCUGUGUAUUUGAGGCAGUCAAGGAAUCUGUAUUUGGAGUGCCUUUGACACAUGUCGUUCAGCGUGACUCCGCCGUCAUCGAUGGCUGCGAUGAGAUCGGGUUUGAAUCCAAUCAUAGAGGUAUUCAGAAAUACCAGAGUCGAAGAGACCAACGCUAUCAAGAUAUUUUGGAGCGUAUACAACGCUGGAUUAGGGAAGAUAUGUAG